AUGAGAAGACAAACAGGUAGACAAUUAGAAAAUGAAUAUUUAGAUGAACAAGAGCAAAAAGAUGUAAUAAAUAAUUUAUUAACAAAUGAUAAAUCAACAAGUUUAUUUUAUAGGAAAUGUAUUAGUAUGGUUGGAUUUUUUUGUGGAGUUUUAAAAUUAUUAUGCGCAAUAUUACCAUUUAAUGUAUUACCAUUUGAACAUUUAGCACAUAGUACAUUGAAGGGAUCAGGUGUUUCAAGUUUUUUCAUUGCUUGGUUGGAGUGGAUUUCAGCAUCAGCUUAUAUUGCAGGUGGUAUUGGAAUGUAUCCCGAUUUUGUUAAAGGUUUUAUAAGAAAAUGGAUUAUGUUUGCAUGUAUCGGUUUCACAUCUUUCACCUCAUUUGUUGUCUUAAUUUUGAGUGGUAGUAUUUUUGCCACCCUUUGGAUCACUGGUGUCAAUUGUAUUUAUCUUUUUGCUUGCCUUUAUGUUUUCUCUAUAACCUCAAAUAGUCAAAGAGAAAUUAUUAAUCUUCAAAAAUUCCAAUAUCCUCAUAAAAAAGCCUAA